CGGCGUGUUGUCAUCGGUCCAGUUUCACCCCGCCCGUCAGUCUUGUGCCCAACGCACAGCCGCUAUGGAAGAACGUCACUUUGUUAAACUACUCCAACUUGGAUUAUCUGACGUUUAGUAUCGCGUUUCACCAUCGGGACGACUAAAGAGACUCACCGGACACGGGGUAAUGAACAGUGAUCCCGAAACAACGGAGUUUACGCUUCCCUACCCGUGAACCUCUCUGUUCGUGACACAAGACAAUGCACAGACAUUUCUGGACUUGUUCAAUUGAUGUAUAGUUGUUUAAGUGAUGUUACUUGCCAAAACGUGAUUCCGUUACCUAAUCGGCUUUACGUUCUUUGUGGCAAGUGAUUUUUAAAAGCCACUAUAGUUACAGUAUAUAGUUAUAGUUACACAGUGUUAAUAUUUACCCCUCGUGCGACGCUGGGACGCUGUCUGUUACCCAAGGUUUGACUACAACUCCAGCCCGCGGCUCUGAAACUGGCCCACAUUGAGACAUCUUUGUCUUUUAGGGGACUUUAGAAAACAGUUUAGAAAUGACGGCGCAGCUUAAAAGGAGGAGUCGGAAGCGUUAGAGGAAAUGUACAGGAUUUAAUAAAGCAGACCUCUUGUGUUACAUGUGAACACACGCGGACAGAAUGGCGUCUUAUGUGGACAAUAGUUUUCGGCACGCGAUCGUGAAGAAUCCUGCAGACAGGACGCAACAGGAUCUCCAGAUUGUGUACUCAUACCUCCAUGGGAUGGAAGCACUGUCCAGCCUGAGGGAGCACCAGCUCAGGUUGAUGUGCGAGACGGUUCGAUAUGAACAGCAUGAAGCCAAUGAGGUUUUAUACUAUCCUGAUGACAUUGGGACAUGCUGGUAUAUCCUCUUGUCCGGCUCAGUCUUUAUAAAGGAGUCCAUGUUUCUGCCACGCAGCAGUUUUGGUAAGCGUUCUGCGGGUAGUAUGCGUCGUGGUUGCGAGUGUAUCGUCCUUGAGGCUUCAGAAAUGAUUGUGGUGGACUACAUAGACGACAAUGACGAGUAUUUUCAAAGGCAAGCCUCUCAUCGUCAGUCCAGGAGAAGGUUCCGGAAAAUAAACCAGCGUGGAGAGCGACAGACUAUUAUCGAUACGGUUGAUCAUUAUCCAGUCAGCAAGCCCCCUCUGCCACCUGGAUACCACUCGGAAUGCUCAAAAUCCCAGCUUCCUGCAGAUUUUUCAAAGCUUCACCCCUCCGACAGUUGCCACUCCCAUAUGACUUCCAGCCAAUCACGUUCCAGCAUCACCAGUGAUUCAGGAAGUAGCAGCCUAUCAGACAUUUACCAGGCCACUGAAAGCGAGUGUGGAGACAUGGAUCUCAGCGGGCUUCCUGAAACAGCGGUGGACUCUGACGAGGAUGAUGAUGAUGAAGACGUAGGAAGGGGAACCGACCCACUCAUGAGUCGGGAUAUUGUGAGAGACUGUCUGGAGAAAGAUCCCAUGGACCGCACAGAUGAUGACAUUGAGCAGUUGCUGGAGUUUGUACAGCAGCUUCCAGCAUUCGCUAGUCUGAGUGUUUCAGUACGGAGGGAACUUUGUGCCGUCAUGGUGUUUGCAGUCGUGGAACGGGCUGGAACAGUCGUACUCAAUCAUGGUGAAGAGCUGGACUCGUGGUCAGUCAUCCUGAAUGGAGCAGUAGAGGUAAUCUACCUGGAUGGCCACAGUGAAAGUGUGUGUAUGGGUGGAAGUUUUGGUGUCUCGCCUUCUAUGGAGAAACAGCUGAUGACUGGAGUCAUGAGGACCAAAGUGGAUGACUGUCAGUUUGUAUGUAUUGCACAGCAGGACUACUGCUGCAUUCUGAAUCAGGUUGAGCAGAACACACAGCGUGUGGAGGAAGAGGGUGAAAUUGUCAUGGUGAAAGAACACAGAGAACUCGACCGGACGGGUACCCGCAAGGGACACAUUGUUGUAAAGGGUACAGCUGAGAGGCUGAUGCAGCACUUAGUGGAGGAUCAUUCAGUUGUUGACCCUACAUAUAUUGAGGACUUCCUGUUGACCUAUCGUACCUUUCUGCCCAGUCCUCUGAUUUUGGGACAGAGACUUCUGGACUGGUUUAAUGACCCCUGUUUACGGGACAAGGUCACGCGAGUUGUGUUAUUAUGGGUUAACAAUCAUUUUAGUGACUUCGAGGGAGAUCCUGAUAUGACCAGUUUCUUGGAGGAGUUCCAAAACAACCUGGAAAGAGAGAAAAUGACAGGUCAGUUACGGUUGCUCAACAUAGCUUGUGCUGCUAAAGCCAAACCAAGAGUGAUUACAAUAACAAGGUCUGCUCGAGAGAUGCACCUCCCCUUUACACUUAUUGGAGGAGCUGAACGGGGGACACGCCUCUUUAUCAGCAGUGUAGAGGUGGGCAGCAAGGCAGAGGAGGCGGGGCUUAAACAUGGAGACCAGAUAUUGGAGGUGAAUGGGCAGACGUUUGAGAAUGUACAGUUGUCCAAAGCAAUUGAAAUUCUCAGGAACAACACACAGCUGUGUAUGAGUGUCAAAACCAACCUCCUGGUCUUUAAGGAGUUGGUGGCCAGGGUGGCAGAGGAAAGGAAAAAUGGUGUUCCUCAUCUUCCAAAGAUUGGUGAUGGAAAGAAAAGUACCCGUUACUCUGUACCUGAACUUGGGGUUGGUUCUGAUGUCUUAGGUCAAGAGAAGGUCAGCAAGAAGGUCAAAGCUCAUACAGUGGGCGGCAGAAACAAAUUGCUGAAGAUUCUAGACAAGACACGCAUGAGCAUCCUACCUCAGAAACCUUACAGUGACAUCGGUUUGGGGCAGACUCAGGAUGACAGUAUUGUGGGAUUACGGCAGAACAAACAGGCUCCGGCCACUAUGCCAGUCAGUGGAAAUCUCUCAUCCAGUAACCCUGACCUGGCCCAAGGCCAACAACGCAUCAUCGACUACAGUACACAGCCCCAAGAAUUGCAAGACCAGGUGCUGCGUGUUUUCAAGGCAGAUCAGCAAAGUCGUUACCUAUUGAUCAAUAGAGACACUACAGCGAGAGAGGCAGCCAAUCACGCGAUCCGAGAGUUUGGCCUGACUGCAAGUCCUGAAGCCUUUUCACUCUGUGAGGUGUCGGUCACGCAAGAGGGAGUUAUCAAACAGAGACGACUUCCUGAUCAACUCUCCAAACUUGCCGACAGGAUACAGCUUAGCGCCAGGUAUUAUCUGAAGAACAACAUGGAGACUGAGACACUGUGUUCCGAUGUAGAAGCACAGGAGAUGCAGCGAGAAUCUCUGGUCUCUCUGUUAUCCCUGAGCUCCAUGGAGAUAGCCAAUCAGCUGUCAGCACGCAACUAUCUGCUCUUUUCAAGCAUUGAACCAACUGAUUACAUCGUUGACCUUUUCAAGCUCCGCCCACAGGAGCCUCCUACCAACCUGCGCAACUUUGAAGGUCUUGUAAACCAGGAGACCUUCUGGGUCGCCACAGAGGUAGUACAGGAAAGUAACCUGGCCAAAAGAGUGAAGAUCAUCAAGCACUUCAUAAAGAUUGCCCUUCACUGCCGUGACUGCAAGAACUUUAACUCCAUGUUUGCCAUUAUCAGUGGGUUCAAUCUAGCACCUGUCUCUCGGUUGAGAUCUACAUGGGAGCGGUUACCUGGAAAAUACGAGAAGCUUUUGGCAGAAUUGCAAGAUGUGUUCGACCCUUCGCGCAACAUGGCCAAAUACCGCAACCUCCUCAACAAACACAACCUGCAGCCGCCAGUCAUCCCUCUGUUUCCUGUCGUCAAGAAAGACCUCACUUUCCUCCAUGAGGGCAACAACUCUAAGGUGGAUGGUCUGGUGAAUUUUGAGAAGUUGAGGAUGAUUGCGCGAGAGAUCAGACAUGUGGUUCAAAUGGCUUCCAUCACAAUGGACCCUGCAUUGCUCUUUAAAACUAGGAAGAAAAAGUGGAGGAGUCUAGGAUCUCUGAGUCAGGUGAGCAGCUCUACUCUCUCUGACAUUGGCACAAUGGGCGGCAAGAGGAAAGGGAGGCGGGGCUCUUUCCUCAGUGCUAAGAAACUCUAUGAGGUGGAGAUGAUGAGCAGACGGGUGCGACAGUAUCUGGACACGCACACUCAUGAGAGUGAUGAGGACACACUCCAUGGACUUUCCUUGCAGUGUGAGCCUGCCAACAGCUCAACCCUGAAGACCUCAGGUGAAAGGAGAAGAGUGGAUGCAUCUCCUGUCAGUCAAAGAAGUUCCACUCCUCAGCAGCCAAAUGGAAAUCCCAGUCACAAAAAAUCAGCUGGCAAAGAGUUACCACCAUUUGGUGCCCAGUCUCCUCAUUCUCUCCAUAAGAUUUUGUCUCUCUCAGAAGAAGGGCGGGACAGACAGCGAAAGCUGCCUGAGGACAGCCAAUCAAAUACUUCAUCUAUAUUCUCCUCUCCGCGUACCUCACCUCACAGUACACUUAGAAAAACCCCACAAUUAGUAGUGAGUGAAGCAUCAGAUCAGUUGCGUCUGUUAAGCUCUUCCUCUUCCGAUCUUAUGGCUGGUGACCACAUGCAUACUCAAGCCCAUACGCUUACACACCCUCUCAACAUGCGUAGGACAGAGCCUGACCAAAUAAGCCUGGGGUCCUACUCCAUGACUCAGGAUCAGUGUGACCGCACGUCGUUGGAUGCUGCAGACAGCGGGCGUGGCAGCUGGACAUCCUGCUCUAGUGGUUCCCAUGACAAUAUCCAAAGUAUCCCACAGCGUGUCGGUUAUUAUGACAACCGCAGCUGGGAGACACUGUUAGACGGGAUUGGGCGUAGUCACAUGACCACACCUAAUGGUUACUGGGGUGACGAAUUGGAAGGAGACACGGGAACGAUAAAGCGAAGAGGUGGAAAAGAUGAGACUCCAAAUGCGAACAAGAGUAUUGUGAGUAGAAAGGAGGGGCGAUUUAGAGAGCCCCCGCCCACACCUCCGGGUUAUACCGCACUUUCAUUAGCUGAGGCAGACAGCCACAAUCAUGGUCACGGGCGGCGCCCACCAGACUACACAGCAGCACUGCAGAGGUCUCGCUUCCUCAAAAGGUCAUGUGAACCUCCCCCAUUACACCCAUCCAGUAGAUUACCAGCAUACACCCACUGCCAGUCACCACGACAACCACAACAGGACGAAAAUGAGCAGAUAUCUGCCGUUUAAACAGUGACACUUCCUAAAUCUCUGCCUCAGUGGUUUACAACAAACAGAUGAUGCAACAGAUGAUGUGGAGGCAUGGCCAAAAAAUUUACCACAGCCAACCAUUUCAGGUCUUUAUGAAGAUCACUGUGAAAGAAGAGAGGAGCCGCGAAAAUGCUGGCACUUUUAACAGUGUUCUUCAAAACAAAAGAAGGAAACAAAAUUAAUCGUAGCAUAAUAAAAUGAAGCUCAGUGUCUCAUUUUAUGUGUUGCACAUGAUGCAAUGUCAGUGUUAUAAUACAAAACCAUGGAUUCAGUGUUAUUUCAUUUCUUUUUAAUUUUAAGUCUGCCAUGUAACUUUAGUAUGUGUGUUUAAGAGUGAAACUGAAUGUGUGCGUGCGUGUGUGCGUGCGUGCGUGCGUGUGUGUGUGUGCGCGCGCGCGCGAGUGAGGGAGGGUUGAUGUAGCCCUUUUCAGACACUUGAAGACAGAAAGACUGAGAAACUGCCUCUUACAGACCUCAAUAGUCUCAGACAUCGCUCUGUGCUUGUAUCAGUGUUUAAUGUUACUCAUGAUUUUAUGUCUUUUCUUAUCUGAUCGUGUUCCUGACAACUUUCCAAAUGUGGCCACAGGCUUUUGUUUGAAAAGAUUUUAUGUUUUGUAUUUUAAUUAUAAUAAUUUUAUCUGUCAAUUCCAUAUUUUGGCUAUUCAAAUGAUAAAUGGCACAAAUCAUGAAUUGUUGCACAAAUUUUCAGAAGCAAGUGAUUUUUGUAGAUGUAUUAUAGUUGUUACAUAGAUGAUAGGUGGUCAUAACAUGGUCAGUAAAUAGUUACAACAGUAUAUUUUACUUUUUAGAACGUCUUUUGUCAUUUGUUCAAAUGUAUCACUUAUAGCUCCUUGUGUUUCUACCCAGCCAAAUCUAUACUACAUGUACUUACGUCUUUUACAAAGGCAACUGGCAAAGUCUGUAACUACUUUUAUAUUUUUAAUACAAUUAUUGUAAAUAUUGAUUAUAUUUUGUUAAAGAUUUCAGAGACCAGUUCUGUUUAUUGGACACAAUUCAGCUGCAAAUGACUGAGGAAAAAUAUACACUGUAGCAAUGAGUGUUGUUCCUAUUAAAGAAAUCUCGUGUUGUCUAUACACAAUACAACA